GGAUUUAAUUAAACUUAUAGACUAAAUCCGCGAUGGCAACCGACGUGGAGCCGGCGGCGAACACGGCGGACAAGUUUUCGGCUAAUGCCGAGGAGCUGGAGGGCUACUAUCUUCAACUGGACGCGGGCGGCAUUCCGGAGCUCCAGUGGCAAUUCCCGGGACGCAGGGCUCCCUCGCCGGAGGCUUCGGGCGGAUCGGGUGGCAACAGCAAGGAGCUGGAGCCCCUGAACGAUGCCAUCGAACAGGAACCCCAGAAGGCCAACGACUUCGACUUCAGCGACGAGGUGGCCCCCACCCAGAUGCGCGUCCGCAGCCAGACCUCCACGCCCAAGUCGGCCAAGAAGAAGACGGCCAACUUCGCGGGCGUCAUGGAGACGCUGAAGAAGAAGAACGCCGAGAGCUCCUAGCACCCGCCAAAGUUUUG